AUGGCAAAUUUCCCAGGGUUGGAACAUAAUGCCCACGAUGGCGAGGGAUUUACUAAACACUGUGUGCAGACCCCAACGCCACCACGGCCUCAAACUCAAAGUCCUGUGCCAUUACCUUCGAUGCCAUCAGCUAUGCAAGGGCAACAACUCUACACCCAGUACAUUGUACCCAGUGUUAUGUCCAUGCCUACUGCCACCCCACAGCAGGCCACCAACCAGAAUAACAGGUUCAACGCAGCAAAACGUGCGAUCGUGCCUGUUCCUCGGCAUGACUAUACUGCUCAGGCUGCCGCCGCCGCUGCCACGGGGCCCCCACUUCUGGCUCAAACCAACAUCCCCGCACCGUAUUUCCCCUACUACCAAAUCCCGCAGCCCACGCACACGCCGUACACUCAGCUUUGGAUGGUAAAACCUGAUCACCUCAUGCCCAUGGCCCAGGGGACGAGGUUGAUGACUCAAACAACAGUCCCAAUCGUUCCGACUUCUCAUCCUGGCAACAUGGAACAGACUGGUAACCCUCAGCAUUCAGCGCCGUUAUAUGUUCCGACGCCACAUGUACAACAUCACCCCAACCAUCCUCCGUUGCCUCAUCCGACACAGACACACAUGGGCCACCAUCCAGGAGGUGGUCACUCUCAAGGCAACCAAAUGAACACUCAGGGAAGCGGUCAUCCAGCCCCUAGUCCAGUCCAAACUCAAGGGCCGUCGUCUCAGCAGGGCCAGCACCCACAGCAUCCACCAAGCUCUGGGACGCCACAACCACAGCCACCCAUGAACUUCCAAACGAUGGGUAUCCAGGGACACCCGCCGCUGCAGGGAAGCCCCCACAACCCGACAUCCCCGCCCAGUGUCCACCCGGCGUCGCUGUCGUACCCUAUAACCCCGCACUCGCAUAUGCAGGCGACCGGUGCUCAAAUCUCUGUGCCCGCUGGUGCUCAGGGGCACCCACAGACUUCAGUUACGCACUCACAGAUGCAUAGCCACUCCCACAACACUCAUAUACCACCCCAACCUUUAGUUAUGAUGCCCCCAACAGCACAUCCUCACACAACUCAACAUAUGCAGCCUCAACAAGUACAGCCUGGACAUCAUUUUCAGGGACAUCCCAUGCACGGUUCACACGUCCAUCCCACUAAUCACCAUAUGAUGGCAUCCCAGGCUGCAGCUGCUAUCCCAGUUUCAACACCUUCAUCCGUUCAUCCAUCAGUACAUUUUAUUCCUCAUGUCGCCAGUUAUUCCGCUUCUAACCUCUGCGUCUUCAAAGUACAAUCCCAAGGUGCUCCUGUCCCAACGUACCAACAGAGUCAGUAAGAAAAUAGUUGCCAAUUUUGAAAAUGUUGAAAAUGAGAAAAAAUAAUCCCAAGAACUACAAACAAAUUUCAAAUGCCGAGACGCUUUUUUUUUUUUUCUCCUAAUUCUUCCUUUUCCUCCCCAAAAAGUGAUGUUGGCUUAAAGUGUAUACACACUAUAUAUUAUAUAUAUAUACAUCUAUAUAUAUAUAUAUGUAUGGCAAUGUAUAAAAGUCUUUGUACUUUACCUUAUACAAGUACUGCUAUAAACAUAAUUGCAACAUCUAUCACCACCACCACUACUACUACUUCUACUACUACUUUUUUUUUUUUGGUCCUGGCUGCUAUUAUAGGCACAAUUCAUUUUAUUGCGGCUUGUUGCAAGUGUUGCCACUAAUAUGCUAUAAAAUUAUGACGACAACAAUAUAUGUGUAUGUAUAUACAUAUAUGUGUGUGUGUGUGUAUAUAUAUAUAUGAAAAGCAGCUGGUUUAAUGACUCUAUUCCUGCAGGCAAAAAUGACUUGUUCUACACAAAAACACACAC